GUGCUAAGCCACACACACACCCUUUUCUGUGCUGCUCCCCAACUCUCCUUAUGCCAUCCCGACCCAGAGGACAGGCAGUGGAAAUCUUGCCAAGUGGUUCCGCUCCACAGAAAUUGCUGACAAUUGCCUCACCCUUCCUGGUUUUGACAGAGUGAUUCAUCCACCCUCUGCGGGCUGGUAGCCAAGUGGAGUACCAUAUAUAGGGUUCCCCAAGCCAGCUCCCCACUCUCCGCUUCUACACUGCCAGGCCCAGCAGCUACCGCAGUGCCAACCUCCACCUGUCAACCAUGACCUCCUCGUGUCUGCUGUGUCUGGGCCUGGCCCUGAUGGGGUUCCUGCAGGUCCAGGCUGAGUCCUCCAUCGAGCAGGGCCGGGUUCCAGCCCCACCCCUGCUCAGGCUUCCUCUGCAACCCGACUUCCAAGACGACCAGUUCAAGGGGAAGUGGUACGUGGUGGGCCUGGCGGGGAAUAACGUCCGCAGAGAUGCUGCCAGCCAGUCAAAGAUGUACGCCACCGUAUAUGAUCUGAACGAAGACGGCAGCUACAACGUCACCUCCAUCCUGCUGCGGGACCAGCGCUGUAAUUACUGGGUCAGGACCUUCCUGCCGAGCUUCCAGCCUGGCCAGUUCAAUCUGGGCAACAUCAAGAGCUACCCGCAAAUACUGAGCUACACCGUGCGUGUGGUGUCCACGGACUAUACCCAGACAGCCACAGUGUUCUUCAAGAAGGUGGACAGAGACAACAAGGAGCACUUCAAGAUCACCCUCUAUGGGAGGACCAAGGAGCUGAGUCCUGAGCUGAAGGAGAAGUUCAUCACCUUCGCCAAGUCCCUGGGUCUCAGAGAUAACAACAUUGUCUUCCCUGCCCCUAUCGAUAGGUGCAUCGAUGACCAGUGA